CUUGCACAAUCUGCCCGUGGGACCUAACCAAGCCCAGGGGAUUGGGAGAGGCUUUGGGCUGUGUCUGUUGUCCCUGCCAUCCCUGCUUUUGGGGGUUCUCCAGCUGUGGGGGAUUCCCCACUUCUGGGGAGAUGGAGGGACCUGUGGAGCUGCCAGGGGGGCAGAUUCUGGAUACCCUGGGCCAUGUCACAGCUCCCCAGCCCCCCUCAGGUGGAGCCCGCCAGUGCUGUGCCUGGAUUAGCGGGCGCUAAGCUCCUUCCCAUGGAUGCUCUGUCCCUUGGUGACUGGGGGGAGCUGCUGAUGGCCCUGCCGGGGGGAACCCCACUCCCCAGCCCCAGGGAGGCCUGGGGGCCGCGGAACUUGCUGCAGUCUCCCCACGAGGAGGAUGGGGUGCUCUAUGUGGAGUACAAACCCCCUGCACUGGACAGCAUCCGCCUGCCCCGCUAUGUGCUCUACCUGAUGAUGGCGUCCACCCUGGUGCUGCUGGUGGCCUACGCCAUUGUUGGCCACCUCAUCAAGGACCUGGUGCAUGAUUUUGCUGAUUGGGCGUUCGGGCCCAAAGCGGAGGAGGAGAAGGUGGUGAUGGCCAAGGGGACAGUGCCGGAGGUGGUGUGGCUGGAGGAGGAUGGGACCCUGGGAGAGAGGGAGCUGGAGGGUGAAGGCGCAGGAGUGGUGCCGGGCACGGACAUCGUGCUGCGACUGCUUCCAUCCACCCCGCGCAGCUCCAUCUCCUUUGCCGACUCCCACAAGAAGAGGCUGUUCUAGAGCUGGGGGAUGCCCCAUUCCUGCCACCACCAGCACCCCGGAGCCCUCCCUGCAGCCAGGUCCUCCUGCAGCCCUACAGCACUAUCUCAGGGCUGCCAUCGCUGCCCCCAAUAAAGGCU